AUGGGGGGGGGUGUGAGUAUAGGGGGGGGGGUUGUAGGGGGGUUUUGGGUGUUGGGGUGUUGGGGGGGGGGGGGAGUGGGUGGGGUGGGGGGGGGGGGUGGGGGGGGGUUGGGGGGUUGUGGUGGGGUGGGGGGGGUGGGGUGGGGGUGUGGUGGUGGUGUGGGUUGUGGUGGUUGGGGGUGGGGGGAGGGGGGGGGGGUGGGGUGUGGGGUGGGGGGUGGGGGGGUGUGGGUGGUAGUGGGUUGUGGGUUUGGUAUAUUGGGGGGGUUGGGUGUUGGUGGGGGGUGGGUGGUGGGUUUUGGGGGGGUUUGUGUGUUUGUUUGGGUGUUUUGUGUGUUGGUUGUGGGGGGGGGUGGUUGGUGGGUGGUGGUGGGUGGGGUUGGUAUGUAG